AUAGAUAAGGGAUUCGUGGCAUCUUCGUCCAACAUGUAGCCCUGCAAAUCCUCUUCUCCACGGGACCCAUUCUCCAUCCUCCAUCUAUUUAAUUACUUACUCCCCAACCAUGUCAACCGGCCCAGCCCCCAACCGGGGCCUGGUGGUUUUCUCCGGCGGCAGUGCCGCGAAUAACCUCGUCGACGUCUUCCACUCCGUCCGCGAAAGCAAACACUGUCCCCUCAGCUACAUCAUCCCCAUCAGCGACAAUGGAGGUUCCUCAUCCGAGCUGAUCCGCAUCUUCGGCGGUCCUGGCAUUGGAGACGUCCGCAGUCGACUGGUACGAUUAAUCCCCGACUCGCCUCCCAAUUCCGAACGCGCCGCCAUCAAAGCCCUCUUCAACCACCGGCUCUCCGCCGAUGCCACGCGCGCCCAUGCCGAAUGGCACUCCAUCGUCGACGGCACCUCCAGUCUCUGGACGGCCAUCACCCCCGCCAAACGCGAACUCACCCGUUCAUUCUUCAACCUCCUGAACCUGGAAAUCCUCAAACGCGCCCGUCCACCCUCCUCCACCUUCGACUUCACCUCCGCCAGCGUCGGCAAUCUCUUCCUCACCGGCGCCCGCCUCUUCAGCGGCAGCUUCGAAAGCGCCAUCUACCUCCUCGGCAGCAUCUGCGGCGUCCCCUCCGACCUCGUCCGCGUCAUCCCCGCCAUCAACUCUAACUUCUCCCACCAUAUCUCCGCCUCCCUCGCUAACGACGACAUCAUCGUCGGCCAAAAUAGCAUCUCUCACCCUAGUGAACCAACCGCCCUUCAACCCUCCCGUCGUCGUCCAAGCCUGCUUCUCGCUGAUGGUCCGGACCCGGAUUACCUCUCCUCUUCCACCCCUACCCCAAUCCCAACCCCAUCCCACGAAGACCUCGAAGACGAAAACGAAGACCAUCCCCCGGGCUCCCUCCCAACCCUCCGCAACAAAAACAUCCGCUUCAACAAAUCCGAAACAGAGGACCUUCCCUCCCGAAUCACCCGGAUCUGGUACAUCAACCCCUAUGGUCAGGAGAUCCGCCCCCCGGCUAACCCCCGCGUCCUGGAAGCUCUGAACGACGCCCAAGCAAUCAUCUACAGUAUUGGGUCCUUGUAUACAUCUAUUAUCCCGUCGUUGAUUCUCCGUGGCGUCGGCCAAGCCAUCGCUACCGGCCCUGCCCGGCAUAAGAUCCUGAUUCUUAAUGGAUCGUUGGAUAGGGAGACGGGGCCGACGGGGUAUACGGCUGCGGAUUUUGUGGAUGCGAUUGCGAGGGCCGGGCAGGAGAGUCGUGGGGUGGGGGUUGGGGUUGGGUUGCGGAGGGGGGGCGAAGAGGGAAAUGGUGGUGGGUUACCGUAUUCGGCGUAUGUGACGCAUGUUUUGCAUUUAGAAGGCCCGGGGACGCCGUUGGUGGAUCGGGAGAGAUUGGCGGAGAUGGGGAUUGAGACGUUGAGGUUGUAUGGGAGGAAGAUUGGGGAUGGGGAGGUGGCGGUUGGGAUGAGGUAUGAUUCGACGGCGUUGGUUCAGGCGUUGGAGGUGGUGUUGGGCCGGAAGGGCGAUGCCAUUUUGCGUGGUGCAAGGGAGGGUACGGGGUUGAGUAGGAGGAAUACUCUGGAUCCUGGGAGGAAGAGGGGUGAAUAGGUACGUAGAUAGGGGAUAUUUUGGGUACUGGUAUUUACA